UAGGAAUUAAGCCAGUGAUUGAACACCUUUGCAAUGGCUCGACUGGCUGUGAUUUGUGUGGCUUUACUGGUCUGUUUGGCUGGAGUAUAUACAGCUCCCCAAUUCGGCGGAUCGUACAGCCAAGCGAACGCCCAGGCUGGUUCAUUCGGCGGCGGGCCCUACGGCCCCGGCGUCCAAGGCCCGGUCGGACCCCCCGGUCCCCCCGGCUACGGAUCCGGCUUCGGCGGCCCGGGCUUCGGCCGUAGAAUCGGAAACAGAGGGAGCAGUGGGAGCACUAACAUCAGUAUAUCUAAGAGUAUCAGUAUCAGCAGAGGCAGUGGCGGCGGUGGGGCGCAGUCAAGUGCGCAAUCCAGUGCGGGUUCCGGCGGCUUUGGGAAGUAAU